GACAAAAUCUUCAUAUAUUUUAUGUUUUGGAUUGCUAGCAAAUUGCUCUGAAAUUUUGGGACCCCACCAAGCCCUGUUCUUGGGAAAACUUUUCUUUCUUUUCGAUGAAUUCAGUUUCUGUUUCGAUCCUCAGAGAUGGAAAAGGAAUCCAUUGAUGAUACCCUCUGCGUCAACCUUUCCCUAAUAGCUCCCCCAAAUUGUCUGAUAAUCGAGCUCUUGUUCAUAGUCGAUUCUUUUUUGUAGGUUUGGUGGUGAAUUUGAUUGUUUCCAUGUUAGUUCAAAGGCUGUGAUGAUCUGAUUGUGCUUGAAUUGAAGCUGGAGAAUACUGUUUUGACUUGGCGGAGUUGUGUAAUCUAUGAUUUUGGUAUGAGGAGCUGAAACAGAGCACUGGAUGAUUCUGGUGAUUGUGAAGUUUGUUUGAUAAAAUAUCAUCGGAGUUGGAUUUGAUCGGAUUCAAUUUGAUCAUGGGGUUGUUCUGAAUUAUGAUUAUCGCGCGAAAUUUGCAGAUUCAAUGAGUUUCACCAAAAGCUGAAGUUUCCGUUUAAGUUGAUCAACCCGGAAUUUUGCUAUUUUUACGUUUAAGCUUGUUUCUGUUUUUCCGAAAAUGGCGGCUGUAUCACCGGCGCCAAAUUCAACUCCGUCGCCGGCUUCUCCCUCCACUCCAUCUCCGCCGCAACAAUCGCCUCCUCCGAAUUCUUCUGACCCAGCAACCCCCACUUCGUCUCCUCCUCCGCCGCCGCCUGGGACCGUUCCGCCGGAAACUCCAUCAGCUCCGCCCCCAUCAGCACCGGACCCUCCACCAUCAGCAACUCCCCCAGUUAGCUCCACUCCUCCAACGCCAUCUAAUCCCCCACCAAAUUUAUCUCCACCUCCUCAAACCCCUCCUCCACAAUCAUCAAAACCACCUGAAAAUUCACCGCCGGUGCCACCACCACCACCACCACAAGCAAACCCGCCGGUUAAUCCAUCACCGCCGCCACAGCCCACAAACCCACCUGAGAAAUCACCUCCUACGCCACCAUCAACACCUCCAGUAACGUCACCUCCUUCCCCAGCGUCAAUACCUCCUACAAACUCACCUCCUCCUCCCGUUGAACCCUCACCUUCAAGUCCUCCUCCCAAGUCAUCACCGCCCCCAUCUCCCCCACCUCCGCCGUUGCGUCUUUCUCCUCCAUCACCGUCUAAGCCCCCAACAUUGCCAUCAGGAAAUCGCACGGACGAUGGUUCUGGUCUUAAUGACAGAGUUAACUCGAAUUCCAACAGCAAUGGAGGAAUCAAUACAGGGGUUGUGGUCGCAAUAGGCGUAGUGGCUGGAAUUAUAAUGCUUUCCAUAAUUGGGUUUGCAGUAUGGUACAUGAGGAAGCCAAGGAAAAAUGAUACCGGGCAUGGGGGCAUUAUGCCAUCCUCUCUCAGCUCCUCUCCUAAGUCGGAAUCAUCCCUUAUGAAGGUCCAUUCCACAGUUCAUCAAAACAUCCAUGCCAGUGGCAGUGGCAGUGGCAGUGGCAGUGGCGGUGGCGGUGGCGGUGGCGGUGGCAGUGGUGGAAUAUACACUCCAAGAGAGCUUGGUGGGUUGGGCAGUUCGAGGCCAUUGUUUACAUAUGAAGAACUCUUCAAAGCAACAAAUGCCUUUUCUGCGCAGAACCUUUUGGGAGAAGGCGGGUUUGGUUCUGUUUAUAAAGGAUAUCUACCAGAUGGAAGAGAGGUUGCAGUGAAGGAGCUAAAGAUUGGUGGUGGGCAGGGCGAGCAGGAAUUCAAAGCUGAAGUUGAGAUUAUUGGCCGUGUUCACCACCGCCACUUGGUUUCUCUUGUCGGCUAUUGCAUUUCAGAGCAUCAAAGGUUGCUUGUCUAUGAUUAUGUGCCUAAUAACUCCCUCUACUACCAUCUUCAUCUUAAAGGGGAUGGUGAGCUCGUUCUGGAAUGGGCAAAACGCUAUAAGAUAGCAGCUGGUGCAGCACGGGGAAUUGCAUAUCUUCAUGAAGACUGCCAUCCUCGAAUCAUCCACCGUGAUAUCAAAUCUUCGAACAUUCUUCUAGACAAAAAUUUCGAAGCUCGGGUUUCAGACUUUGGGCUUGCUAAGUUAGCUCUGGAUGAACAAACUCAUAUAACUACCCGUGUUGUGGGAACUUUUGGAUAUGUUGCCCCUGAAUAUGCAUCGAGCGGAAAGUUAACUGAGCGAUCAGAUGUAUAUUCUUUCGGAGUUGUACUUCUCGAGCUGAUUACGGGUCGGAAGGCUGUGGACUCGUCCCAACCAAUGGGGGAUGAGAGCCUUGUUGAAUGGGCUCGGCCUUUACUAAACCACGCACUCAACAACAGCCAAGACUCCAAAAACUUGGUGGAUCCUAGGCUUGAAAGGAACUAUAUAGAGAGUGAAAUGUUGAGGAUGAUAGGAAUAGCUGCUGCUUGCGUGCGCCAUGCAUCUGCCAAGAGACCACACAUGGGACAGGUUGUUAGAGCUUUUGAUAGUUUAGGCACUGCAGAUUUAAGCAAUGGAAUGAGAUUUGGGGAGAGUCAAGCUUUCGACUCCGGUCAACAAUCUGCCGAGCUUAGAUUUUUCCGAAUGCUGGCGUUCGGUAACCAAGAUUACAGUUCAGAAUUCUAUAGCCAAGGUAGCUCAAAUGCCUGAUUGAAGAGGAGAUUUUGUAGAUAUGAUAUAGAGUGGGGAAAUAUGUUGCUUUUUUCCAGGAAGGCUUUUUUCCAUGCCCACUGGAACUCAGGUUGAUACCAAGAGCACCUUCUUCAUGUUCAUGUAAGUAGUACAGAUGAAUGAACAAUCCCCCAAUUCAUGCUCAAUAGAGAUGCCAUUAUUCAUACAUAAAUCAUAUUACUUAAUAUA